ACCAUGGCUGCUGAGUCUGAUGUUCUACACUUCCAGUUUGAACAGCAAGGAGAUGUGGUUUUGCAGAAAAUGAAUCUUUUGAGACAGCAGAAUUUGUUUUGUGAUGUAUCAAUUUAUAUUAAUGAUACUGAGUUCCAGGGGCACAAGGUUAUUUUGGCUGCUUGCUCCACUUUCAUGAGAGAUCAGUUUUUACUCACCCAAUCAAAACAUGUCAGAAUCACCAUCUUGCAGAGUGCAGAAGUUGGCAGGAAAUUAUUGCUGUCUUGUUAUACUGGAGCACUUGAAGUGAAAAGGAAAGAACUUUUGAAAUAUUUGACUGCUGCUAGUUACCUUCAGAUGGUUCACAUUGUAGAAAAAUGCACAGAAGCAUUGUCAAAGUAUUUAGAAAUUGAUCUUUCUAUGAAAAACAACAACCAGCAUACUGACCUGUGUGAGUCCUCUGAGCUAGAUGUUAAAAAUGAAGAAGAAAAUUCAGAUAAAGACUGUGAGAUCAUUGAAAUUUCAGAAGAUAGUCCUGUAAGCAUGGAUUUCCAUGUUAAAGAGGAAAGCAAUGCUUUACAGUCUGCAGUAGAGAGCUUGACAUCAGAGAGAAAAGAAAUUAAGUCACCAGAGCUGUCUACAGUAGAUAUAGGUAUUAAAGACAAUGAAAUUUGUAUUCUUCGUGUGGAAUCUAUCGGUACAGCUGGUGUAGAAAAUGAGCAGUUUUCACAGCCUUGUACUUCUUCAAAAGCAAACAUGUAUUUCUCUGAAACACAACAUUCACUGAUCAAUUCUACAGUUGAGAACAGAGUGACAGAAAUUCCUGGGAAUCAAGCCCAGGACAUAUUUUGUGACAAUACUGAAGGAAGUCAUGGUACAGUGAAUGAAAUUCAGAAUCUGGAAGAGAGUUAUUCACUGAGGCACCAGUGCCCCAGGUGCCCUCGAGGCUUUCUUCAUGUUGAAAACUAUCUACGCCACCUUAAGAUGCAUAAACUUUUCUUGUGCUUACAGUGCGGGAAAACAUUUACACAGAAGAAAAAUCUCAACCGGCACAUUCGAGGACAUAUGGGCAUACGGCCCUUUCAGUGUAGUGUAUGCUUGAAAACAUUUACUGCCAAAAGUACCCUUCAGGACCACUUGAACAUACACAGUGGGGAUCGUCCAUACAAAUGCCACUGUUGUGACAUGGAUUUCAAGCACAAGUCGGCCCUCAAAAAGCACUUAACCUCUGUCCAUGGUAGAAGCAGUGGUGAAAAAUUACCAAGGCCUGACCUCAAAAGGCAAAAUCUACUAUAAUUAGAAUCAUACACCUGCUAUGUAAGCCUUACAUUGUUCUUUUAACCAAGACUUUUUAUACAAAUGCAUCAUUUGUAAUACUGCAUUUCCCCCUUGUCUUUUGGUUUUAUUUUUGUCUGCCUAUACGUGUUACUCUAUCUAAGCUUCUACUAACAGUUGUAAAGUUGUAGAAGGCAUCAAAACUCUGAUGGGAUUCUCUUUUACCUCAUAUGUUAUAAGUCCCAGUGGCAUGUCUAGAGAAAAAGUGUUCCUCUCUUAUUAAAUUUUCUUGAUUUUAGUGAUAAAAGGGGUUCAACAGUAAUUCUAGAUUCUGAUUUGGAAUCUUAGAUGAUCUCAUUUCAAUGAAAA